AUGUCAUCCUCGAACUCCUCCGAUCGAGCAGGCAUCUGGUCCUACGUUCCUUUCGGUUCCUCUCCCAGACGUCGCUCCGUAUCUAGCGGACUGCCGCUGAGACACUCGGCCAACGGCAGCGCAGACAAUACACCCUGGGAUCCUUUCGAGAAGAGCGGCCGCCACUCACAGGGUAGCGGCUUCAGCCAGAAAUUCAAUCUGGAGUCUCUGCAGCAAGCCUGGAUGACUCAAAGUCGGCAGGCCAGAUAUGUCAAAACAGGGGGCGUCAUCGCUCUGAUCUUUCUUUUAUAUCUGUUCUUCUCGGGGGGCAGUAGCCAUGGCUCGACGACGAGCAACAUCUACACCCCGGAGAAUUCACCGACCACGAAGUGCACGAAACCUCACGAUCUUUCUAAACCACUCGUUCAGUAUGCUAUUAUGAUUGAUGCGGGCAGCACGGGCAGCAGAAUUCAUGUCUACAAAUUCAACAAUUGCGGGCCUACGCCUGAGCUGGAGAACGAAGAGUUCAAAAUGACUGAGAAGAAGGCUGGCGGCUCAGGCUUGAGUUCCUACAAGACAGACGCUGAAGGCGCGGCGAAGAGCCUCGACCCUUUGAUGCAGGUUGCCCUGGACUCGGUCCCCAAGGAGUACAAGUCCUGCACUCCAGUCGCGGUCAAAGCCACAGCUGGUCUGCGAUUGCUGGGUGACGAAAUGAGCGAGAAGAUUCUCGAUGCCGUCCGGACGCGUCUGGAGACAGUGUACCCAUUCCCUGUCGUAUCCAAAGAGAAGGGCGGUGUUGAGAUCAUGAAGGGCGAGGAUGAAGGUGUCUAUGCCUGGAUCACUACGAACUAUCUUCUCGGCAAGAUUGGUGGGCCCGAUGAGACGCCCACCGCGGCCGUGUUUGAUCUCGGUGGCGGUUCGACCCAAAUUGUCUUCCAGCCGACUUUUAAGAACAGUCCUCACGGAGGCAUGCCCCCUAAGAUGGCUGAAGGUGACCACAAGUACAGUUUGAAGUUUGGUGGACGCGAGUUCGAGUUGUACCAGCACUCGCAUCUAGGCUAUGGACUCAUGUCUGCACGAAAGGCUCUGCACGCGUCAGUGCUCGACCACAUGCACAAGCAGAACCCGAAUUCGCGGGAAUGGUUGAGCAAGCCUAUCCCAAACCACUGCAUCACCCCUGGGACUCAGAAGAAAGUGGACGUCACCAUGCCGGCGGACCACCCACUGGCAGGCGACCACAGUGUGAUCAUGGAAGGACCCGUUGACGCCUUGCCGGCUCAGUGCCGUGCAUUGGCCGAAGGCAUUCUGUACAAGGACAAGGAGUGCUCUCUGGCUCCGUGCUCUUUCAAUGGUGUCCACCAGCCGUCUCUGGAAAAGACCUUUUCUCGCGAAGACGUGUACAUCUUCUCCUACUUCUAUGACCGGACCCACGAUCUCGGCAUGCCCGAGUCCUUCACGAUCAAGGAACUGCACGACCUCACGGACAAGGUCUGCGGGGGAGAGAAGCACUGGGACGCAUUCGCCGGCAUUGAAGGCGCCUUGGCCGAUUUGCGCGAUCGGCCAGAGUGGUGUCUUGAUUUGAACUUUAUGACUGCGCUGUUGCACACGGGUUACGAGAUGCCCAUUGAUCGUGAGGUCAAGAUCGCAAAGAAGAUCAAGGGUAAUGAGUUGGGAUGGUGUCUCGGUGCAAGUCUGCCGUUGCUCGAGCCCGGAAGUGGUUGGGAGUGUAGGAUUCAAGAGGUCACUGUGUGA